CGCAUGCGUAGGAGGCGGAGGUGCAGGAGAAUCUCCUCUGAGAAGUGGGGGGGAAAGUCCUGUGGCGGACUCCGCGUUCCAAGGUGGGGUUGGCUGUGCGAUUGGGAGCGGCGCCCAUGAGGCACAAGAGGAGAAGUUUCUCACCAGACCAAGCCUUAAAAUGGACAGUUACUUUAAAGCAGCAGUUUCUGACUUAGACAAACUACUUGAUGAAUUUGAGCAGAAUACAGAUGAACCUGAAGACAACAGAGUUGUAAAUCCAUGUGAUUCUAAGCAGUGUUUACUUCCUUCAGAGUUAAAUUCUCAGCAGCAGAGGUUCUUGGAACCAAAUGUGGAAGAAUAUAGUUGUACUGCUACUACAUCAGAUGAACUCUCAUUAGCUGUUCAGACUACAAAUCUUGCAAGUUUUGAACAACUGAAUUUUGAACAAAAUGAAAAAAAUGUUACUGGGCUAGAUCUUCUGUCUAUGGUGGAUGGUGGUUCUUCAGAAAAAAGCCAGUCUUCUUGCCUGGGGCUAUGCAGUAUACCAGUCUGUGACCUUAUCAGUGAUACAGGUAGCUUGAGCCAUGUAAAAAGUAAUUCAGAAUGCAUUCAAAGGUUGCAGCCAGGUGACUUUCAAAAUAGUAGGAAUUCUCUUAUAGGUUUUGAUUUAGCAUUAGUGCCAGCCACUGCUUGUAAUUUGUCAGUUGAUUCUAGUGCUUAUUCCUAUACACAGCAGCAGACUGAUUCAGAUCCAGUGGUGUGCAGUAAAGACUAUAAUGCAACAAAAAACCUGAAUCAACUGGUACAAAAGACAGACAGUAAGGCUGAGGAAAAUGUUGUGGACUCUGUUACUCUAGAAAGGACAGAAACUUCAAAUGACAAUGAAGUGUUUGAUCAGUUAGAACCAAUUACAACACUUGAUAGGACAUCAGCUUUAAUGACACAACCUGUUUCAAAUGCACACAGUUCCAAAGAUGACACACUGUGUGAAAAGUUGCCUUGUGAACUGUUGGUGGACAAAAAUACAUACUGUGCAAAAAGUCAAAUGAUACUUAGGGCAAGUGGCAAACAAGCCAUUUUGGAUGAUGAUAAAAUUGAAUCAGUAGCCUCUAACCUGCCAAAGAUCUGUGAUUUGAAUAAAAACAGCUUAGUGUUAUCUGAUGCCUCACUUCCAACUGAGCAUAUAUUAGUUUUAGAUAAAACACCUAGUACUGAGGAAAAACUGUGUAGUCCAGGACAAGAUACUCAUCAAGUUUUAAAUAUUGUUUCAACACCAGAAGUCUCUGAAGAUUUACAGACUUCACUUUCUUGUCUUCCACUUGCUGUAUCUAUAUGUGGGUCACUUGUUACAAGUGAAGACAGCAAUGGACAGAUGGCUCAGGAUGACACAGCAGAUGUCAUUAGUGACAUAACUAUGCACAUAGAAAAACAUAAGACUGGUCUUCCCAAAUGGGAAUUGUAUGAAAGAAGAGAUGCUUCUAAACAGGAAGAAAAUCUAAACACAGCCAACCAGUUGGGUCCAGAAAAACCUUUUAUAGAGAAGGAAAAGCUGGAAAACACUGGCAGUAAAUUUGAUCUUCCCCAUCAAGAAGAUUUUGCUGCUACUUUUAGUUGCUCUUUAGAUGCAAUUAUGGAAACAAGCAGCAGUGUCCUCCCUGCUGACGCUGAUGAAAGAGCUUCAGUUGAUUUAGGCAUAGAGGAAGACAUUACUGGAAGUGACAUGCUAGUUAGUGAUGCUGAACUUGAUGCCUUCUUGUCUGAGCAUUGUCUUCAGUCUAGUAAUUUAAAGCUGCUGAAAGAUGAUACUGCUGAUGAAGUACUGGAUGUGGUUCAAAACAACUUAAUAGAAGCUAACAAACCUUACAGUAAGAGUGAUUGUUUACAAACAGAAACAGAAUUUAAGAAGGUGGAAGCUGCUGCUUCUGCUAAUUGUACAGUAUCUAAUCCUGAAUCUAAAAUGGGAAUUCUAGCUGAAAAAAGCGCAUUGCAGGUUCACAAACAGAUGUCAGAUCAUGUAAAUGAAACUGGGAUGGGAGUUUCAGAUCUUUUAAACAACCAACAGACUGUGCACAGUGGAGGUGCAAGGCCAAAACAGUUGUUAAACCUUCCACCAAAAGCCAAAAGCUGUUCUGAGCUUAGUAGUCCGAAUGUGCUUGGGAGUGAACCCCAGGUAAUAAAUGCCGCAGUUCCAAAUACCUCUCUCUCAGAUGCAGGAAUUUGUACUGAUUCAAGUUUCAGUUGUGUUAACACACAGAACUGCUUGGAAGGCCAAGGGGAGAAUGUUUCCUUAGACUCUGCUCAAGGCCAAGGGGAGAAUGUUUCCUUAGACUCUGCUCAGGUAGUGGAACAACCUAUAGUUCUGGGACAGAAGCAGCCCUCCUGGGUUCCUGAUUCAGAAGCACCAAACUGCAUGAAUUGCCAAGUCAAGUUCACGUUUACACGGAGACGGCAUCAUUGUCGUGCAUGUGGGAAGGUUUUUUGUGGUCCUUGCUGCAAUCGAAAAUGCAAGCUCCAGUAUAUGGAUAAAGAAGCAAGAGUCUGUAUAAGCUGCUAUGAGUCUAUUAACAAAGCACAGGCAUUUGAAAGGAUGAUGAGUCCAACUGCACCUAACUCUAACUCUGGUAUAUCUGAAAAUUGUUCGACUGUUCAGCCUCCGCAAGAAUCUCAGGCAUCUGGUGUGUGCCCUAAGGAACAGAGAAGAGUUUGGUUUGCAGAUGGCAUUUUGCCCAAUGGGGAAGUUGCUGACACAACGAAACUGUCAUCUGGAGUCAGGAGAUGCCCACAGGAUCUCCAUCCAGUCGAAAGCCCAGCCAAUUAUGUUGCCUGUACAAGUGAACUAAGACCAAAGGAUGAAAUGCAUGUUAUCACAAGAACUGAAUCUGCGUGUCAUCCCUCUUCUGAAGACAUCGCAUAUUCCACUGAAGGACAAGCUGAGCAGUUGUGUAAUUCUGACUCUUUGAUUCCUCCUGCUGCAGAAUUCCCUUCAAAGGGAAUUGUUGUUGAACCUUCAAAGUCUUCAGUUCCUCUUGCAGCUAAUGAACCUAAUGAUGUACCAGUUAAUCCUUUAGAUUAUAGGAUGCUUUGUGGUAUUGAAAAUUGUGUUAGUAAAGAGAUCAGCCUUAUUCCUGAGGAUAAUGGAUUGCCACCUCUUCUACUCGCAAGUGGGGGGAAAGGACAACAAUCCUUAGUGGAAGAACAUACUUCUUAUAAGCAAAUUGCCUUACUACUUGAAGAAUCUAAUCUACUGACAUUUAUCUUAAAUGCAAAUCUUCUUGUGAAUGUCAAAAUAGUAUCUUAUGGUUCCGAAAGAUGCUGGUACUUCUCAACCAAUGGGCUGCAUGGCUUGGGGCAAGCAGAGAUUAUUAUAUUAUUACUCUGCUUGCCAGAGGAAAAGGAUCUUCCUAAAGAGAUCUUCAGAUUACUUAUCAGCAUAUAUAAGGAUGCUAUGAAAGGUAAAUUCAUAGGAAACAUGGAAAAUAUUACCUUUACUGAAGGCUUUCUUGAAAGCAAGGAGCAUGGUGGAUUUCUGUUUGUUACACCAACUUUUCAGAAGCUGGAUGAUCUUGCCUUGCCAAAAAAUCCUUUCUUAUGUGGCAUUCUUAUUCACAAGCAGGAAGUACCAUGGGCAAAAGUUUUUCCAAUUCGCUUGAUGCUGAGAUUGGGAGCAGAAUACAGUGCAUAUCCUACUCCUUUAACAAGUAUCCGACACAGAAAGCCUCUGUUUGGAGAAAUAGGACACACAGUCAUGAACUUGCUUGUUGAUCUUAGGAAUUAUCAAUAUACCUUACAUACAAUAGAUAACUUAUUUAUUCAUAUGGAAAUGGGUAGAAGCUGCAUUAAAAUACCUUUGAACAGAUACAAUGAGGUGAUGAAAGUUAUGAAUACUUCUAAUGAACAUGUCAUUAGCAUUGGAGCAAGUUUUAGUUCUGAUGCAGAUUCUCACUUAGUUUGCAUGCAGAACAGUGAUGGAGUCUAUCAAACUCAAGCAAACAGUGCAACUGGACAACCUAGAAAAGUUACAGGGGCAAGCUUUGUUGUGUUCAAUGGAGCCCUAAAAACAUCUUCUGGAUUCCUUGCUAAAUCCAGUAUUGUUGAAGAUGGACUAAUGGUACAAAUCACUCCAGAGACAAUGGAGGGGUUACGUCAAGCUUUAAGGGAAAAAAGGGACUUUAAAAUUACAUGUGGCAAAGUAGAUUCAGGUGAUCUGAGAGAAUAUGUGGACAUUUGUUGGGUGCAAAAAGAAGAAAAAACAAACAUGAGAAUUACAAGUCCAAUAGAUGGAAAGUCAAUGGAAGGAGCUCAAAGUGAAAAAAUAGUUCAAGAAGGAGAUUUUGAAAUGGAUGGAAAACUAGUAAAGUGUACCGAAGUAUUCUAUCUUGUAAAGACCGGUGAACUGAACAGCCAUCCUCACCAGUUUGCUAAAGAAAUUGCAUUGGCUUGCUGUGCUGCUCUUUGCCAUCAUCUCAAAACACUGAAAAGUAAUGGAAUGAACAAGAUAGGUCUUCGAGUCUCCAUGGAUACUGACAUGGUGGAAUACCAGGCAGGCUCUGGAGGCCAGCUUCUUCCUCAGCAUUAUCUAAACGAUCUGGACAGUGCUUUGAUUCCUGUGAUUCAUGGCGGAACAUCAAAUACAACAAAUCUGCCACUGGAAAUUGAAUUACUAUUUUUUAUUACGGAAUCUCUCUUAAUAUAAUUGACAUGUAUACUAUGCUAUAGUGGACUGAAUUGCUAGCACUGACCAAUACCAAAGCAAUUGCAUUACACUAUUACAUAUUCAGGUUUAUCUUUUUAAAAGCCAAUGAUUUAGUAAUACAUCUUUAAAAGUAUUUUGCUUUCUACAAAAUAAGUAUGUUCUUCCUUAACCUCAACUUGAAAGUUGAAUUUAAAAACAUGGUUUUGUAGUGUUCUGAAACUUUACACUUAAUACAGACACUGAAGAGUAAAACUAGUAUGUGUUCCAAUAUUGAAGGUAUUCCUAUACUAUCUGAAAUAAGUGGUUUUGUGAUUGAUGCAGAUGUCCUGUUGAUUAAUCUAAUUGAGCUAUUUUUAACUAUUGUAUAUUCCCCCUCCCCUUGGAAUGAACAUAUUUAAGUGGAACAGAAUAAUUUCUAGUUCUUGCAGUUGAGAUUUAAAUAUAGAAUCUGUUAAUUACUAAAUAACAGGCAUAUUUAAAAUGUCUGAUCAUUUGCACAACUCUCUUGCCUAUAUGAGAAAAACAGAGCAUGUUUCUGCCAGGUGUGAUAAUUUUGUAAAACUUCAUAUUUGAAAUUGUCCUGAUUUUUAAAAUGUCAGGACAUUUGAAGUGUAUAAUGGUGCUUCAGAGUCUUAAAUAGAGUCCAUGUAAUCACUCCUUGAGUAGCUAACUUUGUUAUAUAUUUAUAGUAGAUUUGUUGAACAUAAGGACACUCUUUGUAUUAAAUACCUAGUCUUUUUUUUCUUCUGUGCUCUGUUGUACAAUUGUUUCUUGGAUUUUCCAAGAAUAAGGAACAAGCUAGAUGACCCUUAAAGUAGUCAUCCUGUAGCAGCGAAUCAGGUAUCAAGCCUGUCUGUCUUCUCUAAUUUCGAGAGCUUGGUAGCCCUGUUAAUUUAUAGGGAGAGCAAUGUAUUAAGUGUGAAUUUUCAUGAACAGUUUGCUAUAACAUACUUGAGGUUCUUUAUACUCUACUUAUUUUUAUACUGGGAUAUUUGCAGUAAAUAAGCAUUUAUGUAUGAGGAAAAUAACUGAAAUUAGUAUCUGAGUAAUCUAAGGUUUGAUAAAUUGCAUAAUUUGUUACAGAUAGAAGCAAAUUAUGUGUGUGUGAUUUCUUUCAUUAAAAUAUUAUAAUAUUGGAACUUGACUGUAAUACAUUCUAAUAUCUAGAUUCCUUUCUGGUAAUCACAGGGCAUAUUUAUCUAAAAUACAUUACUAAAUUAAAACUAAACUCGUAUCUAGAAGACUUAACUGGACUUUGGUGUAGGUAUUUGAGACUAAAGAGCCAAUUUUGUUCAAAAAUUAUCACUGAGUCAAGACAUUCUCUUAUGUUAAGAACUAUAUUUCUGUGGACCAGCUGAAGAUUAUCAUAACAUUCUGCAAAAAUGCAAUAUACAGGUGCUGGAUACUGGUGAGUAGAGCAGGGAAGCUGCAGCAAAAAAUGUUGAGAGUUAACCCAUUAUAAGCAACUAUGACUUGUAAAAUAUAAUAUUGUGGAGAAGCAGUUUUAACACAUUUAACAUAAUAGGUUUAUGUGCUCUUGAAAACUGAUAUAUAGCAGCACUACACUGUUUUAGUAAAUUGAUAUAAAGAUAAUAAAUGUUUAAAUAUUAAAAUCUUUAUAAAUGAAGCAGACAAAUGCUUAACAAUGAGACAGCCUUUAAAAGGUUUUGGCAGAUCACGUGAAUUAAAAAAAUAUCUUUCA